AUGCGGGACAAGCCGUCGGAUGAAAAAUCCAAACCCUCCAUCCUCCCCUUCCACACCAUCACCACUUCGUCCCUCAAAGCCCCAUCCACCGACGAGUCGACAACGCCUCGCACCACGACGUUCCGCACCGAAAUCGCAGCCUUCAUCGGCGAACUCAUUGGCACCUUCAUGUUCCUCUUCAUGGCCUUUACCGCCGCCCAGAUUGCCGUAAACUCCACGUCCAGCAGCAGCAGCAACAGCAAUAGCAGUGGUUUGAAAGCGGGAGCGACACCACCGCCCGACCUACUCAAAUUACUCUACAUCUCGCUUGCAUUCAGCAUGUCGCUUGCGGUCAACGUGGCGAUUUUCGCAGACAUUAGCGGUGCGAAAUUUGUAACAACGGCGCUAGUGCUCACGCGAAAAAUCCACUGGCACCGCGCACUGCACACGAUCCUCGCACAGCUCGUGGCGGCCGCCACCGCCGCCGCCCUCGUCUCCACACUGAUCCCCACGCCGCUGACCAUCGACACGACCAUCUCGCCCAGCACCUCCAUCGGACAAGCCGUGCUGCUCGAAACCUUUGCAACCUUCCAACUCAUCCUGACCAUCCUCAUGCUGGAAGGCAGCAGCGCGAAACCAAUGUACAUUGGCCUUGCGCUGUUUAUUACGCAGAUUAGCACCGUCUUCUUCUCCGGCGGCAGUUUGAAUCCAGCAAGGAGCUUUGGCCCCGCAGUGCUAAAUGGGUUUUUGGAGUACCAUUGGGUCUACUGGGUCGGACCGUUGCUGGGCGCGGGACUCGCGAGCGGCGUGUACUGGGUCAUUGGGUUUGUGAGGAGGGAGGCCGACGCGUUCUGA